CAGUGCACAACGUUACAACCGACGAGCGCGAAUGGAGAACCGGUUGCGAGGGAAAUUUGUGACGCUUCUUCGUACGCAAUAACGAGUGUGAAUGGCUGACACUGUAUGAUUCUGAAGGAAGUUUAUUUCCUGUGGGCAACGCGAGCGAUUCGAUGGCGACGUGCAAAGAGAGGCAUUGUCCAUUUCAUUGAGCAAUUAACACCAAAUUGUUUGAGGAAGAUGACCCAGGAGGAGGAAAGCACUCCCCUCAUCGAGGGGAGGAUCUCCAUGAGGACCAAAUUGGCUUAUUCCCUUGGGCACAUUUUUAAUGACUUGGCAGCCGCCAUGUGGUUCUCCUACACUCUGAUUUAUCUUCAAAGAAUUGCUCUUCUGGAGCCCAUAACUGCUGGGGCUCUGCUACUCCUUGGGCAAUUGGUCGAUGCUCUGAUGACACCUGUAUUUGGAGUCCUAGUGGACAGAUACAGUAAGAAGAAAACAUGGCACAUAAUUGGAUCGGUUCUCGUGGCACUGUCAUUCCCCGUGAUCUUCGGAAGCUUCUUCGAGUCACUCAGUGGACUGUCAAUGGCCAUUUAUGUGACCAGUAUUACGAUAUUUCAGACUGGAUGGGCAGCAGUUCAGAUAUCACACUUGUCAAUGAUACCAAUGCUCACGCACUCGCCGUUGAUCAGGGCUGAUUUAACGGCAAUACGAUAUUCAGCGCAAGUUAGUGCUGCUGUGUUCGUCUUCCUCGUGACGUGGAUAGUGUUACCGACGAAUGACGAAUCCAUGGCGAAAUUGAGCGAACAGGAUGGUUACAAAUUUCGAGAUAUAGUCGUCGUAAUAACAGCCUUUGGUAUAGCAUCAACCGUGCUAUUCCAUGCAUUUUUAAAGGCCAAACUUCUAGAAGUCGUUCCAGUGACCUCCCAGAAAUCAGACAGCGAGGCGCCAGAGCGAAAUGAGGCUGAAAGUAAUCGCAGAAGAUCUUGGAUCGGUAUUACCCUACUGUUGCGCGUCGCUUUGCUCUACGUAGCAAGUAGAUUAUUCAUCACACUGGCGACAGUCUAUCUACCGCUCUACAUUGAGGAAACAGACGUCGGUGGAAAGCAGGCACUAGCGACUGUACCACUGGUGUCCUAUCUAGCGUCAUUCGCUGCUGCACUCACAUUGAAAUACAUCAACAGAUCCUGCGGCACCAAGAUAUGCUAUCUUCUAGGCGCUCUAAUUGGGAUUCUGGGUGCUGCAGUCACCGAAUACGCUGGAAGAUAUGAAUUCAUUGUAUACGCAGUUGCUAUUUUAAUUGGUGCGGCCAGUUCAAUUACCAUGGUAACAGCACUGAGCGUCACCGCUGAGAUCAUUGGUCCCAGAACUGAAAAUAGCGCACUCGUGUACUCCAUUGUUACUUUUUUGGACAAAGUUGUAACUGGAUUAGUCGUUGUGUUCAUCGAACGCUGGCGAUGCGACGACAAAGAAUUUUGCCCGAAUUACAAUCGCGAUACAUUAGCAGCAGUAUGCGCUGGAUCAAUGCUACUGGGUCUCGCUACACUGAUGUCCGUGGCCCGAUGUUUAUCCUCAUGAAAUUUUCGUAAUCACUAACUUUUUGUCCACGACAUUGAGAAUAAAAAUCCAUUAAAUUUGAA